AUGGGGUUCAUCACAACUAUAGCUCUGGCGUAUAUGCUCAAGACCGUCGUGCAAUCACACCAAGCCGGCAAAAUCCAGCAAGGAGCAGGGGGCGGUGCAGCCGGUGGCGGUGGUCAACAAGCAUAUGGUCAACAGCAAGCAUAUGGUCAGCAGCAACCUUACGGCCAGCAAGCGUACGGCGGUCAACAGGCGUACCCGCAGGGCGCCGGGGGAUACGGUGGCGGCAGCAACCAAUCGUUCUACGGAACUGGACAGCAACAACAACAGCAGCAGCCUGGCUACCCCGGCGGAUAUCCGUCGCAGGGAGGCAGCUCGGGUUACGGGACCGCGGCCAUGGCUGGCGUGGUCGGCGCAGCGGGUGGAUACGCGGCCAGCCAGUACUUCAACGGUGGCCAGCAGCAGCAAGCGUACGGUGCCCCACCCCCAGCAGCUGGGCCAGACCCCAACAAGGUCGCCGCCGUGUUGCAGAGGUGUAUUCAAGAGCAACGUAUCCAGGUGUUCUAUGGCGAUCCUCGCCAGGUCGAGGUGCUGGCACAGCGCAUCGUCGCAUCGGGCGCGCUCCAGCAGCUCUCAACAGGCUGGAACAUUCCUCCUCAGCUCGUGUACGACCUUUCCAAGAUUGCACUGUUCGACGUAGUGUUCCUCCUGGACGACUCGGGCAGUAUGAGGUUUGCGCAGAAUGGAGAGCGCAUUGAGGAUCUGAAAGCGAUCCUCGGCAAGGCUGCCACCGCGUGUUCCAUGUUCGACCAGGACGGAUUCUCUAUCCGUUUCCUCAACUCGGACCGCCAGGGCAACAACAUUGUCUCCGAGCAGCAGGUCAUCUCCCUCUUGCAGGGAGUCAAGUUUGAAGGCAAGUUGUCUUACACGGUGUAG